UUAUCGUGCCGCCCCGACUCUCCUCUCCCCCUCCCCUCCCAUGGCGACGCCCGCCCUGCCAAACCCUAGCCCGCUCCUCGACGACCCGCUGCCGCCCGAGCCCAAGCCGCGCCGGGAGACCAAGGUGCGGGACCCGGACGCGCGGGAGCCGCCGGCGGCCGCGCAGGAUCCGGAGGAAGACGCGCCCGAGGAGCCCGAGCCCGAGCAGGACGAGGGCCCGGAGCCGCCGCCCCUCCCCACCGACGCGAUCGAGCCCACCCCGUCCGGCGCGGAGGUGGAGGACGGGGACGACACCUCGUCCGUCUCCUCCGUCUCGUCCGCCGCCGCUGCCACCGAUGCCGCCGCCGCAACGGGGGGCAAGACGGAGAGGCCCUUCCCGGCGGCGACCGACCUGCUCCACAUCUCCUACAACCAGGACUACGGCUGCUUCGCCGCGGGGACCAAGACGGGCUUCCGCAUCUACAACUGCGACCCCUUCCGCGAGAUCUUCCGCCGCGACCUCGGCCCCUCCCCCACCGCCGUUCCCGGGGAAGAGGCCGCCCAGGCCCUCCACCAGCCCGCCGUCGCGGGCGGCGGCGGUGGCGGCAUCGGGGUCGUCGAGAUGCUCUUCCGCUGCAACAUACUGGCGCUCGUCGGGGGCGGGGACGCGCCGCACUACCCGCCCAACAAGGUCAUGAUCUGGGACGACCACCAGAGCCGCUGCAUCGGGGAGCUCUCCUUCAAGUCCCCCGUGCGCGGCGUCCGCCUCCGCCGCGACCGCAUCGUCGUCGUCCUCGAGAACAAGAUCUUCGUCUACAACUUUGCCGACCUCAAGCUGGUGCAGCAGAUUGAGACCGCGCCCAACCCUAAGGGCCUGUGCUCUGUGUCGCAGCAGCCUGGCUCCAUUGUGCUGGUCUGCCCCGGUGCGCAGAAGGGCCAGAUCAGGGUCGAGCACUAUGGUGCUAGGAAGACCAAGUUUAUCAAUGCGCAUGCCUCCCGUGUCGCGUGCUUCGCGUUGUCACAGGAUGGCAGGCUCAUUGCCACCGCGAGCACCAAGGGGACGCUUGUGAGGAUCUUCAAUGCCGCUGAGGGCAACCUUCUCCAGGAAGUAAGGAGAGGUGCUGACAGAGCAGAGAUAUAUAGCUUGGCUUUCUCAAAUAAUUUACAGUAUUUGGCUGUAUCUAGUGAUAAAGGAACAAUUCAUGUGUUCAAUUUAAAGAUAAAUGUUGGUUUGACCACAAAUGAUAAGCCUCUGCCAGCUCCAGACGCUGAUGUUCCCCAUAUGAGUCCAUCAUUUUCUUUUAUUAAAGGUGUGCUACCUAAAUAUUUCCACUCGGAGUGGUCUGUUGCUCAAUUCAGGCUCCAUGAGGGCGAGCAGUACAUCGUUGCAUUUGGUCAUGAGAAGAAUACCGUGGCAGUUGUUGGCAUGGAUGGAAGCUUCUACCGGUGCCAGUUCGACCCGGUCAAUGGAGGAGAAAUGCAGCAGCUGGAGUGCCACAAUUUCCUAAAACCAUCAGAUCAGCCGUAGUAGCAAAAUAAUAAAGCAGCAGCAACUAUUUGUCUGCCUUGUGUGCCAUGGCUGGCUGUACAGUAUCUCUGUAAGCUCUCGGCUCGGCUGAGGGUUAAUUAAGCAGAGGCUAAUGUUAUGUGUAAAUAUAUGCCUUUGGUGACGAUGCCAUAAUGUGCUCUGUGGAGGCUCAGAAGGAAGAAGCCUUGUGCAGAUGAACAAUGAUAGAAUGCAUCUUUUAUCUAUGAGUGUUUGAUUAACAAUACUUUUGCUAGUUGAAUUUUACCAAUGUCCUUGGCAUGAAAGUCUUUCUGCCAAGGUCUCUCGUUGCUCUUCAAAUAAAAUUGAAAUGACACAUCUCUUGAGCUGAA